AUGGCUGGCGAAUCUAACAAGCGCCAAAAACGUGAAGACCACCGCAAUGCAGUGGAUAAAAAGACGGGCGACCCUCAACUGCCCAGAAAGAAGUUGUACAGGCAGAGAGCUCAUGCCAAUCCCUUCUCUGACCAUGUCUUGAAUUAUCCAACUUCGCCUGCGGAUAUGGACUGGACCUCGCUCUAUCCUGCUUUCACUUUUGAACGCCUAGAACCACAGCCUUAUGCGAAAGAAUUGACCGCUGUCAAGCGGAUGUCGAAGAAUGUCGAAAUCGCUGAUAUCGGCUGUGGGUUUGGUGGUCUUCUCUUCGCACUGGCACCACGAUUCCCAGACACCCUUGUAUUAGGUCUCGAAAUCCGCACCUCCGUCACCGAAUUCGUCCAAGAAAAGAUCCGCGCCUUACGGCAUCAAGACACCGUAGAAGGACUUUACCAGAACGUCGCAUGCAUCCGCGCAAACACCAUGAAGUUCCUCCCCAAUUUCUUCGUGAAGGCUCAGCUCUCCAAGAUUUUCCUCUGCUUCCCUGACCCGCACUUCAAGGCGCGGAAGCACAAGGCUAGGAUUGUGUCCAUCACGCUCAACUCUGAGUAUGCUUAUGUGCUGAAGCCCGGCGGGAUUGUGUAUACCAUCACUGAUGUGGAAGACCUGCAUAAGUGGAUGGUGGAGCAUUUCGAGGCGCAUCCGAGUUUCGAGAGAGUUGGUGAGGAGGAGCAGGAGGCUGAUCCGUGUGUGGACGUCAUGAGGACGGAGACGGAAGAGGGGAAGAAGGUUGAGAGGAAUGAGGGAGUGAAGUUCGUGGCGCUGUUCAAGAGGCUUGAGGAUCCUCCAUGGCCGUGCGAGUCCUAA